AUGUCGCGCCCUGAGGAUAUUCUGCCGCCCGACCUAUUUUACAACGACAAUGAGUCCCGCAAGUAUACAACGUCGUCGCGCAUUCGAAAUAUUCAGGCCGAUAUGACCAAUCGGGCCCUUGAACUUCUUGACUUGAAGUCUCCGUCUUUAAUUCUCGAUAUUGGAUGUGGUUCGGGUCUUUCGGGAGAGAUUUUAUCACAGGAAGCCCCCGAGGAUGGUGGCCCUCACACUUGGAUCGGCAUGGAUAUUUCACCAAGCAUGCUGGAUGUCGCUCUACAGCGAGAGGUAGAGGGUGAUCUCUUCCUUGCCGACAUUGGACAAGGAGUUCCCUUCCGACCCGGUACAUUCGAUGCGGCAAUCAGCAUCAGUGCUAUCCAGUGGCUGUGUAAUGCAGAAACUAGCGACGUCAGUCCCGAAGGCCGUCUCAAACGAUUCUUUGAGGGACUCUAUGCCAGUCUUCGCCGUGGUGGACGGGCAGUUUGUCAAUUCUACCCUAAAAACGAUAUUCAACGAAGCAUGAUUAGCGGAGCUGCGAUCAAGGCAGGGUUCGGCGCCGGUAUGCUUGAGGACGACCCCGGCACUAAGAACAGCAAGAUCUAUCUCGUCCUUACAGUCGGUGGAGGUGGUCUCCAGGGUGAUAUUACGGGCGUUGUUAAUGGCAUGGAAGAUGUUAGCGUCCUGGAUGCCCGGAGAAAGGCUGCGGAGGUGAAUAGUGCUAGAGGACAUCCUCGAAAGGGCGACAAGGCAUGGAUCCUGCAUAAGAAAGAUCAGAUGGAGAAGAAGGGGAAAGUGGUGAAACACAACUCGAAGUAUACAGGCCGCAAGAGACGCAUAGCCUUUUGA